AUGGAUGUGGAGACAUUUUUACACGUGCCGACACCCCCGUUGCUGCAGUAUGGACGAUGCACCGUUUACGUUGGCAACCUGCACUGCCGGCUGCAGUGGGUAGAUAUUUUCCGGCUGUUUCGGAAAUACGGAUGCAUCACGAGAUUGUACUACCCGCGCAACGCGAACGGAACAGGUAUGGGUUACGCCCUGAUCACCUACUCGAACGACCAUUACGAAACAACCGCACCGUCGCGCAUCAACGGCAAAAUCAAUUGCGACAGGCUGCUGUGCGCCGUCGGGACCAUCGCAAGCGACCGCGACAUCCUAACCACCACGACGGUGCACAUAGCGAACUUCAGCGAUUUCGUGAACGAAUCCAUCCUGAAGGACGUCUUCGGCAUGCAAGGCACGGUGCGCAACGUUACCAUCCGCUGGUGCGUGUUCGGGUACCGGUACGCCCACGUCGAGUUCGAGUCCGCGCUCUGCACGGAGCAGGUGGUGGCGCAAUGCCACGGUAUGGAUCUCGGCGACGGAUUCAAGCUGCAGGUCAGGCAUGCGCACGACCGCGACACCAACGGUCCGCUGCUGCCGUCCCAAUUCCGCAAGCUGCAAACCAUGCGCAGGAAGGACAACUAUGCGCUGCUCUCCGGUGUGCCCGCCACCGCGACCGAACGUCAGCUGUUCCACUUGGUCAACAAGUACGCCAACGUGAAGGAGGUAAUUGUGCUGCGCGCCUUCGGACGCUCGACGAACUACGCCGUGGUUCAGUUCAAAACGACCGCCCAUGCGAAGUUGGCGGUUUGCAAUGCUGCUAACGUGGCGGAACAUACACUGAAGCGCGUAAGCGUUGUCUGGCGUCCGUUUGAUUUGCCGCAUCAUCACGAGGUGAUCUAA